UUUCAAGGCAGUAGCAGGAAUUCUUCGUUAUCUAUUAUUUAGCACAACGUUGGAAAGUCAACCUCGGCACGUUCGCGCCACUAGAGAAAGAAGAAGAAAAAGAAGUGGAGGAGCCCUGGCGAGGCCCUGCUCACAGGUUUGACGUGCUUACAGCGAAGACUUUCCUCUCGGCUGAGCAGAUUCGUCGCGCAGGGCGUUACCUUGACUGCGACCAUCGUGAUGGACCCACGAGAAAGCGAAACCACCAAGCCAACAUCACGAAUGUCACGCUUCUCUUCCAAGCUAAAUCGUGGACCCAGUGAAUCGAAUACCGCAGAUAAUUCAAAGCCCUGGAGUCGGUGGAAUUCCUCAAAUCGGCGUUUUGCAAGUAGCGCAGGAAGCAGGAAGAGCGGUCCAACACCGAGUCAGCAUUCUCUGGGAAAGCUUCCUUCGAGACGUGGCAUGAGGAAGUCGGGCUCGGGUUUAACCGGGCGGGGCAACACCGCGGACCAGUCGCGCCAGUCCCGCAGCCAUCCCGAAUCCUCCAGGCACGACAACACGACGAGGCUUUCGGCGAACGCACCGACCAAGAAGGAGAACGGAGAAGGGCCGGCGUCAGCGCCUUGCAAGCCACCGUCGAAUACUGCGAGCUCGGCUAAAGCGGCACCACCCGCCAAGCCCGAGCCUUCCAAGGCCGCUUCUGGCCGACGCAAGCCCACUGCAUGGGACACCUGGAAGUACCCGGCGUACGGCUUCGGCGGAGGCGUCUUAUUUCUCAUACUCACAAUCCUCCUCUACAGGGUGAUGUUCCCGUUCCCGGUGAUACCGACGAAGUUCUACUCCAUCUGCGAGACCGGCGGCUGCGCCGAGUUCAGCCGCCUCAUCCGCAGCAGCAUCAGCACGGCGAUCGAUCCGUGCGACAACUUCUACCGCUUCGUGUGCUCCACUUGGGACUCGCAGCACAACGUGUCGGUGAGGCAGGCGCACCGAGACGAGUACGUGGCGUCGCUGGCGGCCACGGCGCGCGCCGUCGUCGUGGCCGCCGACGAGGCACCUCAGACGCUGCGCCAGAAGGCCGCCCUGCUGUACCAGAGCUGCGAGGCCGUGGCGCAGCGGCACCGCGAUGACACCGGACAGUUCCGCAACCUCUUGGCGAAGGGAGGUCUGACUUGGCCGCAGCCUGCGAAGGAGAAACCAGCUUCCAAUGACAGCGACGGCUUCUUCUUCGACGCAAUAGUCUACAGCCACUUCCAAGUCGGCUUCGACCCGGUGUUCACUGUUGGCAAGGUCACCGACGCCAUCGUCACCGUGCAACUCAGAGAUGUCAUCCCGGACUGGAUCCACACGAGAGGCGAGUGGAAGGCUACGCACGCGUACGACGACAAGUUGCGGCGCGUGUGCCGCCACUUUAGCCACCAGCGGAGCUCGUGCGAAGCCGAGCUCACAGCCUUCGCCAGCGUCGACGACGAAGUGAGCAGAGCGCUCACCGUACUCUUCAGAGAAGACGACGGGCCGCCGUUAAAGCGAAGCCAGUUCGAAAAUGCCAGCUCGGCGAGACCCUUCGAUGCCUGGGCGCGGGUCUUUUCCAAGCUCCUCGGGGUUGCUGUGGAGCAAGUGCAAUCGCCGGCCACAAGGUUCGACCUAAAGGACCCGGCUCUCUUUCGGGCCCUUAACGAGGCUCUUGCCAAGUUCAGUGAAGACACGAUGGUUCUGUACAUGGCAUGGAUUACGAUUUUCAACCUUGGACCACUGUUCAGCGCCGAGCUCUCGGACUCAAUGACCGGCAGCGCCCCGUCAUCCCAGCCUGAUCGAGUUGUUGAGGCACGAUGUCUCGUCCUUAUGGAGAAACUCCUCGGGCAGUGCAUGCCGGCCGCCUUCGUGCAGCUCAAUGUUGCACAGGAGGCUCAGGAGGACAUCCGCCGCAUCACAAAGAACAUCGACUACCCUCUCAACAUCACUCUGACCCAAUUCACGGCCAACGGCUCGCAGCCAGCGAGGGACUUCUCCAAGUUCACCACGCGGCCUCACCUGUUCGGCGACAACGGCCGUUUUGCGAGCGCCGCCGAUCUCGAGCAAGCCGCCGCGGACGCCUUGCCGAAAAUGAGCGACUCCGUGCUCGCCAACUACCGGCAGAUCAUGUCGUUCAGGCGCACGUUACGGAUCGGUGGUUGCUACGCACCUAAGCUGGACCGGGUCAACUACUACCGUUUCUACGACCACGCGUGCCGCUCGGUCGUGGUGUCGCCCAUUGCGGCCACGCUGCCAAUCUACGACGAACAGACCAGCUCAGGCCUCCGGUACGGAGCCAUAGGAUCGCUUGUCUCCGAGGCGCUCUUCGAGGCCUUCUACGAAACGCGUGACGACCUCAACCCGACGCAACGUGAGAAGCUCAACAGUGCACGAACGUGCAUCGAACGCUCCAUCUUCAAGGUGGACACGGUCGAAAACAUGGAGGAGGCCUUCUUGCUGUACGGCGGCCACGUGGCGCUGUGGUCGGCCUAUCGCUCCGAGGUGUACCUGCAGGAUCGACGGCUGCCUGGUCUCGAGGACUACUCGGAAGACAUGCUCUUCUUCAUCGCCUUCUGUCUAAUUCAGUGCGGGGGCAGCGUCCUGCCCAGAGACACAUUAUGCAACAUACCGCUCAAGAGCUCUUCGUACUUCGCCGACGCGUUCACUUGCCCGCUAGGUAGCGCCAUGAAUCUCGGAAACCGGUGCUCCUACGUAUGACCCGCCACACUUGGCGCUGCUGGAGUUGAGGACUUCGGGGAGAUGAGCCAGUUGCUUUAACGCGACAGCGUUAUUUCUUUAUCUGUAUGGAUUCAGACUGCUGAGAAUAAGUUAGAAUAGAUAUGAUAAUCGUUAUCUCUGUUCUUUUCAAGAAGUAUUACCAUGAGCGAUAUGCUUAUUGUAGUGACGAACUUUGCUGAAGCUAAAGUGCGGCAGAGUUGUUCCAAAAGAAAAAAAAAUAAUAUAGAAAUUGCUUGCGCCACAUAAACGAGAAAGUUCGCCGUCUUUGUCGCUUGGAGCCAACAAAACAAAACGAGGUGAGCAAUUUGAAGCAGUACGCAUUUCUUUAGCUCUUCUACACAAAUGGCAAAUAUGCCGUAGCUCCGCGUAUUCGUUUGCCAGUCUCUUCUCGUAUCGCUGACUCCUUCCUAAGGUGUCAUGCCCCAGAUGGUUGUAUUUCUGAAAUAAAUUAGUGUUGCGCGAA